GGGAGAGAUUGGAUGGAUUUGUUUUUUCCUCACUGGCGUAAAGGUUUGAUUGGAUUGGAAGCAGUUAAACAAGUAGGCUUUGAAGACGAUAAGGAGCAACUUUUAGGUUACGAAGCUGAACUUAUCCUAAAAAAUGAUCAGCCAAUUUUCAAGCGUGCUUACGAGGUACCAUACAAAAUCCGUGACAAACUGUUGAACCACUUGGACAUGCUAGAAAAGCAGAACGUAGUUACUCCAAUAGCAGCAAGCGAGUGGGCGUCUCCAGUAAUCGCCGUUAUGAAGAAAGACGGCGACAUACGCAUGGUGAUCGAUUGCAAGAUUUCUCUCGGGCAUCAAACUGUUACAGCUCAUCGAAAUCAACUAAAAUUGAUUCAUGAUCAGCGGCGUAGCUCUAUGGUUCUUAUGCCAUUCCACGAACGGAAGCGAAGACGUGAUUCGAUCGAAUUAGAAGAUCCGUUUAUUGGAUUUCCAGAUGUUCCACACGUUCCAGAACAACGAGAAACCAAGAAGCGGAAGCUGAUCAGUGUUGCUCGCAGUCCAGUUAUUACCAGAAGUGCUACGCGAUCGAAACAAGAAGAAAAAGUGCUUGAAUAG